GCCGCCGCGGCUGCCGGGAGCCGCGUUACCGGCGCCUGGAGCGGGCCGGGACGCGGGGCCGAGUGUCCGGGGCCGGUCAUGGCGGCAGCGCCGCCACCCUCCGCUCCGGGCGGCCCGGAGUCUCCCCCGCCGCUGCAGUACAGCAUGUUGCUGCAGCACCUGGUGGGCGAGCAGCGGCGGCCCCGCGCCUGGGACCCCGCGGCCCUCGGCGGCAUCCCCAGCCCGCCCAAGAGCGAGGAGCAGAAGAUGGUAGAGCGGGCCAUGGAGAGCUGCGCCUUCAAGGCGGCGCUGGCCUGUGUGGGAGGGUUUGUUCUGGGAGGCGCAUUCGGUGUCUUCACUGCCGGCAUUGACACCAACGUUGGGUUUGAUCCCAAGGAUCCGUAUCGCACACCAACUGCAAAAGAGGUCCUCAAAGAUAUGGGGCAGCGAGGCAUAUCCUACGCAAAGAACUUUGCCAUUGUGGGUGCCAUGUUCUCCUGCACCGAAUGCGUGGUAGAAUCUUAUCGUGGAAAGUCAGACUGGAAGAACAGUGUUAUUAGCGGCUGCAUCACAGGAGGAGCUAUUGGCUUCAGAGCUGGUUUGAAGGCAGGGGUUAUCGGCUGUGGUGGAUUUGCUGCUUUCUCCGCCGCAAUUGAUUACUAUCUACGGUAACAGUGCCCUUGGGAGCAAGUUUCCCUUUUGUUCCAGCGCUGCUGCUAAGAGCCUGCAUCAUGGCAGAAGAACCAUCAGGCUUACCUUUCCACUGCCUUUGGAGUCCUGAUCAGUGCAAGCUGGAUGGCGUUGGCCGCUUUUCCUGAAUGACUAACAAUAAUCUGGCUCGGAGCCCUGGCGUGCUGCUUCAGGCAGACUUGCGGGAGUACGCGAGGACGGAGCCAGGCGCAGCGAGCAGUAUCUCCAGGACGAAUCAGCUGACUGCCAGUUUCCAGGAAACAUGCCUGGACUCUGAGCUUUUUUUGAUCCUUUGGGUCUGAUUUUGAUUAAGUCUGUUGCUAGCAUCAAAAGAGGCAGGAGGACAAUCUUCAAAAAGAAAUGCAGUGAUUUCGGUUACCGCGUAUUUGAACAUGCUGCAAGUGUUUAACACUUAUCAGUUUGCAGCUUGCUACUCUGUUGGGGAGAGGUAAGAUCCUGUGGAGAAAUAAGUUUGUUCCAGGCUUUUCUUAAAAUACCAGCUGAAGACAAACCAC